AUGUCCCCUAAUGGUCUGUCUUCUAGGCGGGAGUCAGAAAGAAGAAACCAUUCAUUAGCUCGGCAUGCAGACAUCCUUGCUGCGGUGGAAACGAGACUGUCACUGUUAAACAUGACUUUCAUGAAGUAUGUGGAUUCCAAUCUCUGUUGCUUCAUACCUGGAAAGGUAAUAGAUGAAAUCUAUCGUGUGCUGAGAUAUGUAAACUCUACAAGAGCUCCUCAGAGAGCUCAUGAAGUUCUUCAAGAACUAAGGGACAUUUCCUCCAUGGCUAUGGAAUAUUUUGAUGAGAAGAUUGUUCCAGUACUGAAAAGAAAAAUGCCUGGGUCAGAUGUAUCGGGACGUCUGAUAGGAACUGCCCCAGUUCCAGGACCUUCUGCAGCACUGACAACAAUGCAGCUGUUCUCCAAGCAGAACCCUUCCAGGCAGGAAGUCACCAAACUCCAGCAGCAAGUAAAAGCAAAUGGCACGGGCUUGACAGCGCUAAAGCGGGAGAUCUCGGAGCUUCGCAUCAAAGUGCAGGAGCAACAGAAGCAGCUCCAAGAUCAAGACCAGAAACUGCUAGAGCAAACCCAAAUCAUAGGUGAACAGAAUGCCCGAUUGGCUGAGCUUGAACGCAAGCUGCGAGAGGUGAUGGAGAGCACGGUAGGAAAUUCUUCAGGUUCUGGCUCAAAUGAACAGUCUCCCAGGAAACGGAGGAAGGCGGUUGAAUCCACAGACUGUCCUAGGAAAUCCAAACGCCUUCGAAACAGAAAAUAACUUGGGAGUAAAUGACACCAUU